CUCUCGCUCCCUCUUUCUCUCUCUCACUCCCUCCCUCUCUCUCUCCCUCACCAUCUCUGAUUAGAUAUACUGAUUCCUCCUUUCAAUGGACGUCAUUUAAGCGCAGACUCCUGCCUUGAGUUGCGUCCUCCGCUUCACGCCAGAUUUUCCGACUAUUCUUUCCUUAUUAUAAAGUAUUCCUGCGAUAUUAAUAGUCAUGAACGCGCUCUAUUAGGAGUCCGAGAGGGGAGACGAAGAAGCGGCUCUACUGCUAAUAUGAGCUCAAGCGAGGGGACGGUAGCACUGUGAUAGAAGCCCGGAGAGCAGGGAGAAAGAGGCUGGUGGCUUUUUUUUUUCUUUUUUCUUCUCCGAGAGAAACUUUUCGAGCCAAACCCACCAGCACCGCCGAAUAUCUGCAUUUUUAGACCCAAAUGAAGGGCAGCGGGGAUCUAACCGUUUAUUUCUGAUGGAUUAUCGUCCUGCAGCUGAGGCACAUAUCUGACCGCCGGGGCCAUCGUGAUCUUGCAGGAGAGAAGAGUCUUUUGGGGGCUUUUUUUUGUUUUGUUUUUGUUUUGGGUUUUUUUUUUGCUGUUUAAUCCCCUUUGCUCGCCCCCUUAAACACUUCAAGUGUUUUUGAACUGAUUAUUUUCGUUGAAUCGCACCAAAAAAAGCGUACAGAUGUUAGUGCACAGUUUUUCCGCGAUGGAUCGCCACGACGGGACCAGCAAUGGGACAGCCAGGCUACCUCAGCUGGGCGGCGUGGGCCAGAGUCCCUACACGAGCGCGCCCCCGCUCUCCCACACGCCGAACUCGGACUUCCAGCCCCCGUAUUUCCCCCCGCCCUACCAGCCCAUCUACCCGCAGUCUCAGGACCCUUACUCGCACGUCAACGACCCGUACUCCCUCAACUCCCUGCACGCCCAGCCGCAGCCGCAGCACCCGGGCUGGCCGGGCCAGAGGCAGAGCCAGGAGAGCGGCCUGCUGCACCAGCACCGCAGCCUGCCCCACCAGCUGUGCCGGGAGUACCGCAGGGAAGUGCUGCUGCCGUCCGGACACGGCAUCGAAUCGGGACUGUCGGACUCUAUCCCUAUCCAUGGAAUACCUCACUCUUUAGAAGAUGUUCAGCCUGUUGAGGAUCAAGGCAUUCACAUCCCCGACCAGACUGUAAUUAAAAAAGGUCCAGUGUCUUUAUCCAAGAACAACAACGUUUCCGCCAUCCCCGUAAAUAAGGACGGCCUCUUCGGCGGGGUGGUCAACCCCAACGAGGUGUUCUGCUCGGUUCCGGGUCGCCUGUCCCUCCUCUCCUCCACAUCAAAGUACAAGGUCACGGUGGCGGAGGUGCAGAGACGCCUCUCGCCGCCCGAGUGCCUCAACGCGUCUCUGCUGGGCGGGGUGCUGAGGAGGGCCAAAUCUAAGAAUGGGGGAAGAUCCUUGAGGGAGAAGUUGGAUAAAAUCGGCUUGAAUCUACCUGCGGGCAGACGCAAGGCGGCCAACGUCACCUUGCUGACGUCACUAGUCGAAGGCGAAGCGGUGCAUCUUGCCAGGGAUUUCGGUUAUGUAUGCGAGACCGAGUUUCCAGCCAAGGCAGUAGCUGAAUAUGUAAACCGUCAGCAUUCCGACCCAAACGAACAAGUCCAAAGAAAAAACAUGCUAUUGGCCACGAAGCAAGUCUGCAAAGAGUUCACAGACCUGCUGUCCCAGGACCGCUCGCCGCUGGGGAACUCGCGGCCGCAGCCCAUCCUCGAACCGGGAAUCCAGAGCUGUUUGACCCACUUCAGUCUAAUCUCUCACGGUUUCGGGACCCCGGCGCUGUGCGCGGCCGUCACGGCCCUGCAGAACUAUCUGACCGAGGCGAUCAAAGCCAUGGACAAAAUGUACCUCAACAACAACCCCAACAGUCACUCAGAUAACGGCACUAAAGGCGGAGACAAAGACGAGAAGCACAGAAAGUGAUGUUUCCACGCCACCUUUCCACCGGGGGCCAGACCCCGGGGCCCUUCCUCUGCACCGACCCAACCGCCCCCGCCCCCCCCUCCUCCCCAGCCCAUCCGAUAUAAAUAUUAUAAAUACCUUAUAAAUAUUAUUGAUAAAGUUAAACGUGCCACUUCUUGAUCUUGCGCGGUUUUACAUGUUUUUUUCUUUUUACAUCCCACUUUGGAUUCAAGGGGAGACGACGCAGGAUCCUCCUCUUCCUCCUCCUCCUCCUCCUUCUUCUUCUUCCUCCAACACCUGAACCAUAUGAAAUGUUAUUUAAAAAAAAAAAAAACAAAAAAACGAAAAGAAAAAAAAGCUGCAGAGGAACAGCUCCAGGGAGAGGAAAAAGGUGUAAUGCGUCACCCAGAGGACUUUUUAUGUACUCCCCUUAUUUUUUAUGAGCUGCAACGAAAAGGACUGAAAUCCAGCGACCCCUCUAUAUCUCAAUUUUACGAUUGUGACAAAGAGAAAAAAAAAGCGACGCUAAAAGAGGACGAAUUCCUAUCAGUAUUGUGAAUAAUAAACUUUAAAAACAAAGAGAAACCCCACAGAUCUCCAUGUCAUGACUUCAGUUGUAGACUCUCUCUCUCACACACACACACUCUCUCUCUCUCUCUCUCCAAGCGACCAACUUGAACUUUUUGAAUUUCAACACGAUUCGCGGUUAUAUAAGGGAAUCAGUGUUCAUGUAUGUAUAUAUUUAUUUAUGUGUAAUUUAAUGGGAAUUGUAAAUAUGGUGCGUCUGUUGAAACUUCUUCUUUUUUUUUAUUUAUCUGGUGCCUCCUGUUUUAGUGGGUUUGAAUAUUCGGUUAGUUCUUCAUGUGAUUUUAUGGUUCUUAGAAAACAGAAGUUUUGGGGUAUUUUAUUUCUCUGGGAUAUUUCAAUUCAGCCCUCUUGUAGCAUGUUGAGGCGACACUGAAGCAAGUGAACAAAUUUAAUAGAAAUAAACUUCCAUUUCUCUCUCUAUAUAUCAUCCUUAUUCAGUUUUUUUUUUUAAAUUUUGAGACAGAGCAUAAGUGAGACCCCAAGGAGAAAAGAUUUUUUUUUUUUUUGUGUUUCUAUUUUCGUUUUUAUACAAGCUUUUAUGUGUUGUGCCAAUCAGAAUACGUUUCACCUCUUGUUCUCUCCUUGAAGCACCAUAAAAGCAAUAAAUGGAAUAUUGUCUUUUUUUCAAUGUUCGAAGACAUCCAAAAACAUUUUUUGGGACCACCUGGUAUCUUGUUAUGUCCGAUAAUGUCCAAAAUUGGAGGCGGUUUUAGCUGUAUUGUAUAGACAUGUGCUGGCAAUAGUUCCUAUGCCUGUCAAUGUAUUAUAGUCCUUUGUUGCCCAGAAAAAAAUAAAUAUUUGAUACGCUUCA